AUGCCAUCAACAAAUGCCUUUCAGGUCCAGGGGAGGACAGCCAUAAUCACUGGCGGGUCGCCUGGCGGUUCGAGUGGUUUGGGACUGGCCGUCGCACGCCAGCUCGCUGCAAAGGGUGCCAACGUUGUUAUUGUUGCGCGCGACCAAGCCAAGCUUCUUCAAGGCCUCGACACUGUCAAGAAAGAAGCUUUAAACCGCGAAACUCAGCUUUUCCAUCAAAUCAGUGCCGACCUCACCAUCCCCUCUGAAGCUGUCCGCGUUGUGGACGAGGUGGUGUCGUGGAACUCUGGCAAUCCACCCGACAUUGUGUGGUGCUGCGCCGGUACUUCGCACCCGACCCUGUUCGUCGACACUCCAGUGACCGAGUUCUCCACGCAGAUGCAAAACAACUACUUUACCAGCCUAUACAUGUCACACGCCAUCCUGCAAUGCUGGUUGAAGUCAUCGCGCAAGAGCUUGACCUCGAACCUGCCUGGCUCUUCCGAUAAACCCGAGUCUCGACCAAACUCUACCCUCCAACGCCACAUCAUCUUCACCGCAUCCUUCUUGGCUUUCUAUGGCAUUGCUGGCUAUUCCCCUUAUAGUCCCACCAAGGCCGCGCUACGGUCUCUUGCAGACUCCCUUUCCCAAGAGAUGAACUUGUACAGUGCCGCCUAUCCAAACGAGCCGAGGGUCCGCCUGCACACAAUCUUUCCUGCGGGUAUCCUUACAGAAGGUUUUGAAGCUGAGAAUCGCAUUAAAUCUGAUUUAACCAAAAUGCUUGAAGAAGGGGAUGAGCCACAAACACCCGAAGUUAUUGCAUCGAGGAGUAUCAAGGGAUUAGAGAGUGGACAGGAGCUCAUCACAACCGACUUUCAGACGGGGUUGGUCAAACGAAGCAUGCUGGGAGGUAGCAUCAGAGGUGGAUUUGUUAGGGGACUCGGAGACUGGAUUCUCUCAGGACUGGUUUUUAUCAUCAUGACAGUCGUCCGUGGGGAUAUGGACAACAAGGUGCGCAAAUGGGGCCGCCAAUUUGGCAGCACGGGCAUGAAGGAAGACAAGGGUCCAGCUUAG